AUGGAGCAUAGCCUGCUACAGACAGCCAAUGCAGAGCUAGAGAAACGUCAUCUAGGUGUGGCUGAGGAUCUGUAUGGGAGAUUCAUAGAUGACUGCACACAAAACCGAAAAUGCAGCUCUGAAGAUCUAGCAACCGCAUACAAUAACAGAGGGCAGAUUAAGUAUUUCCGGGUUGACUUCUAUGAAGCAAUGGAUGACUACACAGAGGCAUUACGUGUGAGCCCUAAUUUUGAGGUUUCUUACUACAACAGAGGCUUGAUCCUGUAUCGAUUAGGAUUUUUUGAUGAUGCCAUAAAGGACUUUCAGAAAGUAUUGCAGCUAAACCCUCAGUUUGAAGAUGCAAAGAUCAGCCUACAGCAAAGUAUUCUGGACAAGGAAGAGAAAAGGAAGAGGCUUUCUGGAAUCUAA